AUGAACAACAAUAAUAUAGUCAUUGGUAUCACAAAGAAAUCAAAUAGACAAUUAUGUUGUAGAGCAGCCGAGAUCAAGGAUGUUGAUGCAUUGGUUGACUUGAUAAACUUUGCAUACAGAGGCACUGGAAGAGAGGACAACGACAAGUCAGUCCAAUCAAAGGGCUGGACAAAUGAAUCGCACUACAUCUCAGGGAAGCGUUUGACUCACGACUCACUCAAGCCUCGUGUAGAACAACAGAACCCUGCACGUGCACUCACAUUCGUCGUGGAGUUUGCAGAUGGCAACGAUGCAGAGCGCAAGCCAAUCGCUUCGAUUGGUGUUGUCCGUGAUGAUGAUGUCAAUGCACAUUUGGAGGCUCUCAGCGUUGAGCCAAUGUAUCAGAGCGAGGGCAUUGGUGGCAUACUGAUGGCCUAUGCCGAGGAGUACAUUGUCAAGCAAUGGGGAUGCCGCGUCAUCUCAAUGUGCGCCGUAUCAAUCCGCAAUGAACUACUGAGCUGGUACUACCGACUUGGUUACAAGCCCACCGGUGUCUACGUGCCCUUCCACAAUGACGACCAUGAAUCACGACCAUUUGUACAAGACAUCAAGUUUGAACAGUUAUCAAAGAGCUUCAAUUAA